GCCACCACACAGGGUCAAACACCACGCGAUUACGCUACCUACUUCCAAUAUCCACCGUCCAGUAAACUGAACCUCCCAUCCAACGGUGAAUAUUCAGUCUCAAACAGCGUCCCUACAAUCCAUGCCUAUAUAACUCUUCACCUCACUCAUUCCCACUCUCUAUCCACUCGUCUCACCACCUUCUCCCAUUCUCUCUCUCCGAAGCCAAUUGCUUAAUCACCCUGAUUAAGCUCGUUAAUUUAGUGAUAAUCACCAUUUGUUCAGUAUUAAUUACCUUAAACAAAAAAACCAUGGUGUCUUCAACCACCUGGAUUCUGUCCUUCAAGGCUCUGGUUAUCUCCACCGGUGUGCUCAUCUUAGCUCUGUUCCUCAAGGUCUCUUUUCCAUUAUUCUUGGAUUUCUCUGUUUCACGAGCUCCUGGAAUAUGGAGCUCCUUGCUUUCCUGGUUGAAGCCUCCUUAUCUUUACGUCGUCAUCAACGGUAUCAUCAUCUCAAUCGCUGCAUCCUCCAGGUUCCACCGUAGCAGUCACGAGGAAGAAGAUCGUAUCGAUCAGCCGAGCCAGAUCCAACGGGCUGAUCAUCCGACGACGACGAUGGUCUCCGUGAAUUCGAAUCUGACGUUCGGUUUCGAGUCCAAGGAGCGGUCGGUAUUCGGCUUCGUGGAGCCGACGACGGUUGUGUAUGAGGAGAAGCAAGCGGAGGCUAAGGUUUCUGAGAUGGAGAGUACUCUGCGUGCGGAGGCGGAGACGGAAGAAGAGAAGAUUGUGGUGGCGGAUGGCUCUGUUGGAGACAGCGGAGAUGAGUUUGUGAUUUCGAGAUCCACAUGGACCCCGCCGAGAAGGAUGCAUUUCUCGGAUAAUCAAUCGGAGUAUUCUUCGUCGCCGGAUAAACCUCCGGCUUCUUCGAGAUUCAGUCACCGGAAACCGGUUAAAGCCAGUCCUGAAGGAGGAAGAGCAGUACUGAGAGUGGCGAAGCCGAAACGGAACGAAACGCUGGAGAACACAUGGAAGGCGAUAACGGAGGGGAGGGCCAUGCCAUUGACAAGGCACCUGAAGAAAUCGGACACAUGGGAGAAUCACGGCCGUCAUUUGAACGUGGGGGAAGCGAAUCUGCAUCAGGUGAAGAAAUCUGAGACGUUCAAAGAUCGAACUAACUUCCAGUCGCCGGAACCGAUGACGCCUUCGCCGGUGAAGCUGAGGAAAGAGCCGUCACUGAGUCAGGACGAGUUGAACCGGCGAGUAGAGGCGUUUAUAAAGAAGUUCAACGAGGAGAUGAGGUUGCAGAGACAAGAAUCAUUGAAUCAGUACAAUGAGAUGAUUAGCCGUGGGGUAUAGGUAAUUUUUUUGAAAACUUUUUCUUUUUUGAAGAAUAGAAAACUAUCGUGUUCAAAGAAAAGGAAAUUUUUGAAAAAAAAAAAAAAAAGAAAUUAGAAAAUGGGUUGUGUUCUUGGUGGUUGAAAAGACAUUUUGAAGUUAUCUUGGGUUGAUUUAAAUUAGGAAUAGCUUUGAUGAUAUAUAUAUAUACAUACAGAUGGUUUUCAGUACGUGAGAUGUAUGAUGGGAUCAUAGAAAACUUAUGUAAAGAAUAGAAAUGUUCUUUUAUUCA